AUGAAAGGGCCUUUUAGUACGCUAACAGAGCGCUAUUUAGACCGAUUAUUCGAGAAUAGAAAGAGUUUGACUAUUGAGAAGCUAAUUUUAAGCUUAGAGGAUAUUUCUUCUACUCUUCCCGUUCCAAUUAAGAGUGAAUUAUUAGGCCAAGUAAAGAAGAACUUCUUUGCCCAUCGUGGCAUCUAUAUCAAUCGCGAGCAAAUGAAGAAGAUCCUUGAAGUAAUAAUUAAAGCUAAUGCCGGGAACAGUCCAAUUACUAAGAGUGUAAUUGAUGAUACAAUUAGAGGUCCACCAGAUUAUGGCUUAGAAACAAACAAUACAAUCAUUGUUGGAGAUAAGGAUGGCAAAGAUGAAUCACAAUUGGAAUUCAAAAGUAUUAUCAAUGAUAUUGAUAAGGGGGUGGAAAAGUUAGAGGAGCAGACUGUUACGGGGAUGGGUAUUCAUUUGGGCAACCAAUUAAAGGAGCUGGGGCGUAAUGAACUGCGUCGGGAAGAUAAGGACAGUUUUUUGGAGAAGCGUAUUAGAGACAGGAACAGACGCACUGAAGAACUAAGAGCGAUUAAAGAGACGGAUAUUUGCUCUAAAAGGUACUUAGAUACAACUAUGUCCCAAAUGGGUAACAAUCAGCACUUUUCAGAGGUGAUAGGUAAGAUAUCGGAUAUUUUAGCAAAGAAGGAGCCUGUGACUGAGUCUUAUUCGGCUUUACGCGGUCUUAAAGAGUAUGAGACCAACUUUAAUAAUAAGAUGAUCACUUUAUUGAACGAAUUAUCUGAUAAAAUACCAGCACCAAGUACACCCAGUCCUAAACCGGCUAAUCCUAGUGAUAUUCUGGCUAAAUACGACUCUAUCUUUUCACACAGCACACAGCCAGUUAAUCCGCCUACUAGUGAUAUGGCCACUAGUACUACUCCUAUUACUCCUCUAAGUAGUCCAUUGGAAGAGGUAGUUAGUCCUUCCCAGCGAAAUACUAUCCCUAUGCUUGGUAUUGCUGGGGUACUUGGGGGUGUUUUAGGACUGGUCUUAGGACUAGUUUUGAAAAGUAGUUCUUCGCCCUACUGA